CGGCGGCUCGCCUCGUCGGACGAUGCCUCGAGAGAACAACAGGAAGCGAGGCAACAGGGGCGCAAAGAAGCAGAAGCAGAUCUCUACAGCAGCAGACGAUGCAGCCCAGCAAGUCGAACCUGCACCUCUCGACGUCUUUACGCCUGGAUUUCUGAAUAUCAGACCUGCCCCUGCUGCUGCGCCCACAGCGAGCGGCUGGCCAGAGCUCGAUCAUGACACGAGAGCCUACUUCAAGCAGAUUGAAGAAACGAUUGUCGAGUUGGAAGAUCUGCAAUCGAGCGGAUAUCGUCGUGACGCGCAAGAGGGCGACGAGGAUGAGCUGGACGAACGAAAGCUACUGCUCGCUUCCUCGCUCGACAAUCUCAACGGAAAGGAGAUCCAACUCGCUACCGAUCCAGAGUGCUCCAUCAUACUCGAGCGACUCCUGUACAGCAUGCAAGACUGGUCACGACGCGUGCUUGCAGACAGGUUCAUUGGACAAUAUGCCGCAUUGGCCAAGGAUCGUUUUGCUUCACAUGUUCUGCAGACGCUCUUCUCUCUCGGCGACCAAGUCAUCCAACGCGAGCUCUCCGGUAGAAUCGCUCAGAGGCCUUCGAGCUCGAGCGCCGCAGACGAAUCCGCAGAAGAACUGCCAACGAUGACAAGCAUGCUCAUCACAGCCUGUCAGGAGAUUGCGCAGAACUUGCCAGACUUGCUCUUUGAUACUCACGGCACUCAUCUCGUUCGAUCAGCUCUCCUACUUCUGUCAGGCAUCACCUCCUCCUCUGCUCCGCAAGAGCGCACGCCAGGCUCGUAUGGACAGCACGGUCGCAAGAUGAGGUCUAAGAAGUCUGAGAGAUGGCUGAGCAACAAGGCUCCUCACAGAGCGUUUGUCGAUUCCGCCGACGAUGCUCAGGAUAGCAAAGGCAAAGGUAUCAGACGAAGCUCGCCUGAACUCGAAGCUGCUCUGGACGCUCUGCUCGACCGAUUCGAGUCCUUGGUCCGCACACCAACGAACGCGUCCGCCAAAGUGAGGGAGCUGGCCGUCAAUGAUCUCGCUUGCAUCGCUUUCCAGAUCUUGCUCGAAGUCGAACAUGCACGAGGCAAGACGGGCGAAAGGGCUUCAUGGGCAGAUCGCUUGCUCAAUGAUGCCAUCUCGGAAACCGACGAAAAACGUCUGAGCGGGGAUGACUUUCUAGAGACCCUUUUGCGAUCGCAGCCUGCCUCGCCCUUGCUAGAGACGCUCCUCUUCGUCGUGCCGGCUCCCGUAUUCGAUGCCAUGUGGAGUAGCAUCUUUUCGGACCGCUUCGUAAAGCUAGCACAUCAUCCCGUGGCCAACUUUGUCACCGCCAAGGCUGUCAAUCGCGUCAAUGAGCAGCAAUGGCUCGAAGCCGUCACUGCUCUCAGCGAAAGCGCCGACUCGGCUAUCGAUGGCGUCAAGAAGAUGAUUGAGAACAGCAGGACAGGCACACUGAAGGCCUUGAUUGAUCGUGCGAUUCGCUUGACUUGCGAUGCGAGCCUGCUUGUCAAAACUCUGCUUGCCGGACUCGAGAUUGAUGCGGAAUCAACAACAUACCUGCUACCCUGCUGCUUAUCGCUCAGUCCACUUCGGAUCUACCGUCGCCAUCCAGCUUAUCAAGAUCCCAAUGUCAAGCUCGAGGCGACAGUACAGGGUGCUCUAUUGCUGCAGUCAUGGCUACAGCUCAAGCCUGCCGAUCACGAGCCUGUUAUCAGCGCUCUCAUGACAGUUGCCAUGCCUCAGUUGAUCCGCUUUGCAAUGGACCCGAUAUCCUCACGUGUACUCGACGUGCUUCUCACUUCCCCUGCAGUCUUGCCGAAAAGUCGACGCGAAUUCCUCAAGCGUCUCCUAGGACAGUACCAAGCCCUCGCAGACGAUCGCAUAGGCAGUCGAGUGGCCGAUCAAUGCUGGGCAUCUGCAGAUGUCUACCUAAAGGAGAAGAUAGCCAUCUCGCUCAUUCCGCAUCAUCAGACUUUGCAAUCCUCGCACUUCGGUCAUUACUUUGUCAGAAAAGUUGAAGUGCCGCUUUACCAGCGAAGGCCAUCAGAGUGGCGCAACAAGAUGAUUCAGAAGGUGCCCGGUUGGACGCCAGCUUCGGGCACCAACGGCGCUGCGGGCGCCUUGAAGAGAAAGGAAGCUCCUCAAGAUGAGAUUGACGUACUCUUCUCGGAAGCGACGACAGCCAUGCCAAGAUCGCACAAGAAACUCAAAGAGGUAUCAGGCGCACUCUUGCCAGUCUUACAGCCUGGAGAGCUAGGAACCUAGUCGCACUGUUCAAGCGAGA